AUGAACAUUUCAGAUGACUUGCCAUGCUGCUGCGGCCAGACUCUGACCUAUCACUGCGGCAAGGGCAUCGACGUCGAGGCAGCGACGACAGGAGUGGUGGAAGAGCCGUGGAGUCCAGCCAAGCAUACCCAAGCCUCGCCUACCAAUGCCUAUGGAACUAUUGAGUUCCAAGGUGGUCCUCAUCCGAGCAAAGCACAGUACGUGCGCCUCGCAUACGACACAAGACCUGAGCUGAUAGUGCAAUUAUUCACUCGUGAAUGGAGUCUUGAGUUGCCAAAGCUGCUGAUCACGGUACAAGGUGGUAAGGCUAACUUUGAACUGCAGCCAAAGCUAAAGAAAGUUCUGAGAAAGGGACUUCUAAAAGCAGCGAAGACCACUGGUGCGUGGAUAUUCACUGGUGGUACAAAUACUGGUGUAACAAGACAGGUUGGUGAUGCACUGUUGUUGGAAAGGUCUCAACGUAGUGGUCGUGUCAUCAGCAUUGGCAUUGCCCCAUGGGGAAUUGUUGAAAAUAACCAUGAACUCAUUGGGCAUAACAGGGAUGUACCAUAUCACUCUAUUUCUUCACCCAGGUCAAAACUGGCUGUUCUCAAUAGCCGCCAUGCAUAUUUUCUUCUGGUUGAUAAUGGAAUAACUGGAAAAUAUGGUGCUGAAAUAAUACUCAGGAGAAAGCUUGAAAAAUAUAUAUCUAUUCAAAAGCUUCAUCCAGGUACACACUGUAGCACACCAGUGGUAUGUUUAGUAAUUGAAGGUGGAACAAACACAAUAAGAGCGGUUCUGGAAUAUGUCACAGACAAUCCGCCAGUACCUGUGGUUGUGUGUGAUGGCUCUGGUCGUGCAGCUGAUCUCCUAGCAUUUAUGCAUAAGUAUGCCUCUGAAAAUGGUGAAGCAUCAGUCCUGGAAAACAUGAAAGAGUAUCUUAUUACAACAAUCCAGAAAACAUUUGAAGUCAGCCUAGAACAAGCAGAAUGCCUGUAUUCUGAACUUUUACAGUGCAGUAGAAAAAAGAAUUUGAUCACAGUUUUUCGGAUCACAGAUCGUCCAGAAGGCAAAUCCCAGGAACUUGAUCAAACAAUUCUUACUGCUCUUUUUAAGAGCCAACAUUUAUCUCCUUCAGAGCAAUUAAGUCUUGCUCUUACAUGGAAUCGUGUGGACAUUGCACGUUCAGAAAUAUUUGUUUAUGGCCAAGAGUGGCCUCCUGGUGCCCUUGAAGAAGCCAUGAUGCAAGCUUUGGAACAUGAUCGCAUAGAUUUCGUUAAACUCCUCCUCGAAAAUGGAGUUAGUAUGAGGAAGUUUCUUUCCAUACCUCGUCUUGAAGAGCUUUAUAAUACAAAACAAGGCCCUACGAAUACCUUGGGCUACAUAUUGCGUGAUGUUCGACCUCACAUUCCUCGGGGCUAUGUUUACACGUUACACGAUAUUGGAUUAGUUAUAAACAAAUUGAUGGGUGGAGCUUACAGGUCUUACUACACUAGAAGAAAAUUUCGCUUGAUAUAUGCAAAAGUUAUGAAGAAGUCACCACAUGUGCACAGAAACAGUGCUUCAUUCAUACGUUAUUAUGGAAACACAAAUCUGACUCUCAGCUUGCUUGCUGAGACACUGCCAGCCACAAAAGAAACAGCCCUCUUUGAUUACCCGUUUAAUGAACUGCUGACAUGGGCCGUGUUAACCAAGCGACAGCAGAUGGCUUUGCUCAUGUGGCAACAUGGUGAAGAAGCAUUAGCCAAAGCUUUAGUAGCUUGUAAACUGUACAAAGCAAUGGCUCAUGAGGCUGCCGAAGAUGAUCUGGAAACUGAAAUAUAUGAAGAGCUCAGAAAUUAUGGCAAAGAAUUUGAAAAUAUUGCUUUGGAGCUACUGGACUAUUGUUAUCGCCAAGAUGAUGACCAGACACAACAAUUGUUGACUUGUGAACUACAGAACUGGAGUGGGCAGACAUGUCUCAGCCUGGCAGUAGCAGCAAAUCAUCGAGCACUCCUAGCCCAUCCCUGUAGCCAAAUAAUCCUUGCUGACCUGUGGAUGGGUGGGUUACGUACACGGAAAAAUACAAAUUUAAAGGUCAUACUUGGACUAAUAUGUCCAUUUUAUAUCGUCACGCAACUUGAAUUCAAAUCCAAAGAAGAAUUGCUCCUGAUGCCUCAAACUGAGGAAGAGCAUAUGGUUGGUCUCGAAGAAGAAACUGAAAGUGUAGAAGGGCAUACAAAUGGAGGACAUAGAAACACAGAGCCUGAUGCAGAGGCUUUAAUAGCUCAUGACAGUGUAGCAAUGAGAGACACAGUUGUCCAAGAAAACGGAAAAGUACUUGCUGAAGGAGAUGAUUCAAGCCAGAUUUUUCACAUGCCCUUAGAUUUCUAUGAAAUUAAAAAUAACAGACCACUUAGAAUGCAGAAAAAGCUUUAUGAAUUCUACACAGCUCCAAUAACAAAAUUCUGGGCACAUUCGAUUGGUUACAUGGUGUUCCUUGUAAUUUUUACAUAUGUUGUCUUAAUAAGAACAGAGCCUAAUCUCAGCUGGCAGGAAAUAUAUGUUGUGGCAUAUAUCUGUACACUAGCAUGUGAAAAAAUUAGAGAAAUCAUAUCUUCAGAACCAGUAGCAAUUAGCCACAAAUUCUCGGUCUGGACAUGGAAUAUGUGGAAUCCAUGUGAUGCUGCUGCAAUCAUAUUUUUCCUAAUAGGACUAAGUCUUCGCCUACGCCCAUCAUCAAUGAAAGUUGGGCGUAUUAUAUUUUGUGUGGAUAUUAUCUAUUGGUACUUACGAAUACUCAACAUCCUUGGUGUGAACAAAUACCUUGGUCCAUUGGUUACCAUGAUGGGAAAAAUGGUGAAGAACAUGAUUUAUUUUGUUGUGUUAUUGCUUGUGGUGUUGAUGAGCUUUGGAGUCUGUCGGCAGUCAAUACUGUUUCCUGAUAAUGAUUUCAGCUGGUCACUUGUUAAACAUAUUUUUUUUCAGCCAUAUUUUAUGCUUUAUGGAGAGGUAUUUGCAAAUGAUAUUGACCCUGCAUGUGGAGAUGAACCUGGUAUGCCAAACUGUCCAAUGGGUAGAUGGAUUACACCAGCUGUGAUGUCAACAUACCUCUUAGUUGCCAACAUCCUGCUAAUUAACUUGUUAAUAGCUGUGUUCAAUAAUAUUUUCAAUGAAGUAAAUGCAGUUUCACAUCAGGUAUGGAUGUUCCAAAGAUUUACAGUUGUAAUGGAAUAUGAGCAGAAACCUGUUCUGCCACCUCCAUUAAUCAUCCUAUGCCAUAUUGCCUUGUUACUGAAGUACUGCAGGCAAAAAGUGAAGGGAGUGAGUAAAUUAUAUGAUAAUGCUUUGAAGUUAUUCUUGGAUGUUGAUGACAUGGAACGUCUGUACGACUUUGAAGAGGAAUGUGUAGAAGGUUAUUUCCGUGAACAAGAAACAAAAUUGCAAAUGUCAAGUGAUGAAAGGAUUAAGAAUACUGCAGAACGUGUUGAAAACAUGUAUCAAAAAAUUGAAGAUAUUAAUCAGAAAGUUAACAGUCAGACUUCAUCUUCUCAAGCUGUGGAGUUUAGAAUUAGAAAGCUGGAGGAUUUAGCAGAUCAGACACUAUCCCACCUUGCCGUCAUCCACAGAUUCAUGGCAACCCAUGUCAGAGAACCUUUAGCAGAAUUUGCAGAUGUCAGGCUUCGAACAACCACAGAUGAACACAAAACACAGUCAGAUUUAAGUGACCAUACGGACAGACAUUUAAGUGUUCCACUUCUUGGCAGAGAAAGAAGAAGACCUGUCAGAUCACUGACAGAAGUUAGGCCAGAUCCAUUUAUGUUUGGUGAGGGCCUACACUUGCGGUAUGAUGACAAGUCCAAAUCCCCAGAACCCUCAACAUCAAAGCCACUUGAUUUCUUUGAGGAGCAGGAGGAGGAGGAAGCAGAAGAAGAAAAGGAAAGAACACAAUCAUUUGAUAAGGUCAGCAUACAUUCCAAUAGCAAAACCAGAUUUUUUGCCCAUAUUUCAAAGCAUGAAAGUGUGUCUGGAAACUCACUUGCUGAGCCUGUAGGCAGUCUCAAAGGAAGUAAAACAGAUUUAGGUGUGGAUGAAGAAAAUUUGGAGUCAGCUACUGCAACAGCAGCAAUACUUCCACCAGUACCACCUUCAAUGGCAACUUCAGAGCCAGCUGAACAAGAUUUGGGACGGAAUGAGUUUAUAAGAAGUUCAUCAUUUGAUCAGCGAACAGAUAAGAAAGACCUCAGUGGGUUCAGAAGACAGAGUUCUGAUGGGUCAGAAAGAGGUAGCAGUUCCCACCGACCACCACUGAUGCCAAGGAGACAGCUGAGCAAAACACAUUCAGAACCAGAAAAUGCCACAGGACUAGAUUCUCUGGAUGGAAUAGAUUUUCCUCGUGUUACUGUGGAGCGCAGUGUCACCUGGGCUGAACCAAGGAUCACUGUAAUCCCUCCAUCUGGAAAUCCUAGAUCAAUGUUGUUGGCUAUGCACACAGAGUACACAAGUAUCACAGAUGAACUGGAAACAGUGUGUGGCCUUCUAAGCCCUCCUCGUACACCUCGCCUUCUUUCACCACCUCGUCCUGGUGAUCAAGCAGUUCCUCACAGAACAAGGCACACAUCAGAGAUGUCAAAUCCUGAGAUGGCUCUUUAUUUGGAGAAAGAACACUUGCGAGAUGCAGAAGAGAGUGACUACCAGCUGAUGGAAGGGUUAAUUCAACAUCGUAUUCAUAACGAAGAGGAUUCUGUUGAUAGUGCUUUCUAUUUAACAGUAACAAAUGAAGUUCCCGAAUAUCGAAGCCCAAAUCAACCAUCAAGGCCACUACGCCGGAGCAGUGCAAUUGAUGUGAGAGACCUACCCACUCCCACAACUCAGGGUCCCAAUAUGUUUGGUGGUGACACAGAAAUGCAACAGCUGCAGGAAGCAGAUGGUGGAAGCAAAAGUGGAAGCAAAAACAGUUUAGUGCCAACAUCAGAAACAAUGUGUUGAUGCUGUGAAAUCUUAGCUGCCAUAAUUGUUUAAAUUGUGCACUGUGAGUGUGUGUGUGUGUGUGUGUGUGUGUGUGUGUGUGUGUGUGUGUCAAUAUGUCAGAAAUCUGCCAUUGUGUAAGGGAAAAAAGUGUAAUCAGGAAGUCAUAUCACAAAUUUGCAACAUAAAUAUUUUCAGUUUUCAUGUCAUACGUUUGCUAGUGUAGCAAAUAAAUGAGUGACAAAAGUCCUGGAGAUUAGUGCUCAUAAAUUGGAUACGAUUUAAAUAAUGAAACAGUAUAUGCCAGGGCCUAAAUGUUAUUUACAUGUAUCCAUUUUUAGAAGUAUUCCAUUAUUUUCAUCCAAUAAAAUUGUGAAGAAGGAAAGCAGAUGCAAACCAUAUGCUAUUACUUACUGGCAUGACAAUUUAAACAACUGUAGUAGAUGGAAAGCUGAAUUAUUGAUAUCACUAGAAAUGAUGAACCACAGGUGAAAGUGCAACUGCUUCAUGUGAUUGUGUAGAUUCUUCAGUAAUCUGUGACUAAUGGAUUUUUAUUGAUAUGAACAAAAUUGCCGCCGUUAUCUGGAUGUGACCAGUCAAUAAUAUGUAUGAUUCAUUGGAAACAUACUGAUCCCUGUGUACAAAUUUUUAUACAAGGUGAUACUUGCUAUGUGGAGGUUUCAGGAUGGACAUUUAUUUUAGUAUAUGUUACAAAUGACAUAUCUUUGGUACCAUUGUAAAAGUGUUAUUUUUCAUGGUAUGAAGUACAUCAGCACUGUCAUUUUCCAUGUAAAACUCAUAGUUGUAUGGCAUGGUGCAUAUGAAACUAAGACUCUAUCAACUAUUCAUCUUAUUAGUGGAGACAGUAUAGUUUCGAUGACUUGUUCUUAUAUCACAAGAGGCAUCACUGCACAGCUGUUUUUUCUUUCUUUUUUUAAAAAGCAUUUAAAACAAAGUGUGUGUGUGUGUGUGUGUGUGUGUGUG